AAAUAUUAAUUCUGAAUCAUUUACAGUGAAUCAUUUACAGUUGAUUCAAUUCUUAUUCCCUGUAACAAUUAAAUUGAGCUAAUAAAUAGGCUAAGUCCUUACAUAAUGGUGGAGAAUGCGGGCAGUUUAAUCUAAUUUGUACACAAAACAAGUAACUUGUGUGAUUGUAUCUUUUCUUGAUCCGGAAGAUAGAUUAGAAACAGAAACGAGGCUUUUGAUUGUCAUAACAAUGAGUGCACAUAAGGCGCUGUGGAUGAAUGAAAUCUGAACUCGAGUUGUUUGUCUGUACGUUUUGUUGUUGUUGUUGUUGUUAAAACUGCAGUAAAUGAAUCUAAGAUUGUCUGCCAAGACAAAAGGAAAGUCGCCCGAGAGCGCACCAGGACAGAGUAAGCGUGUUCCUUGCUUUUGUUCUUUAAGGCCUUAGCUAUAGUGGAUAAUAUUGCGUGUUCCAAUGUUAUUUCAACUAAGCUAAAAUCCCUGCAUGGUCACAUUAGAGAGUAGCUACCUAAUGUGCCGCCUAUAUCCGCUCAUUCGUGAGAUGAGAUAUUAAUACUCUAAACACUAUACGUGUCUGAGUUUGAUUUGAAUGGGAUUAUUUUGAAAAUUCUUGAUCAAGUAUUGUGGCAGUAAAUCCUGCAUGUUGUUGCGUGUCCAGAAACUGACACGAACGAUUCAGAUCGCCGAGAUCUCAGUAAUGUUACUAUUAUUAAUUGCAGAAAAAUCUGUGGAUUAAUGUGCCUCACUCUAACGUGUGGGGGUUGUUCAGCUCGGAAACAUGAGAAGGUGAAUGGUUCAUUGUCAUUGAGAACUGCGCCGUCAGUUCAAUGAUUAAUGUGAUUUUGUAUGUUCGUUAUCUGUGUGCAAAGAGUAUAGAACAAGCGUACUCUUUUGUUGUGCGUCACGGUCACCACGACAGUGACAGCUGUAACCCGGAAGCCCUAAGAAACCUUUCCCGGGGUAACCUUUAAGUGCGCAUGCGCAGUCUGCCAGCGCCAUAUUCAACUGUGUGUAAACAAAGCUUAGCACAAGCUGAGCUAGCUAAAUCUAGCACGGUUGCAUUACAGUCUAUGUAAAGCUAGUAGCAUUGCUAAAGGGCUAGUGGCUAGCAUAGCAUUUUGUGGUCUGAAUGCAAUGUUGCAAUGUUGGAAUGACUUCUUUCUUACUGAACUUUAAUUCACUCUAGUGCUUUCACCUCCCUCUCUGUCUAACUUACACGUCUUAUCUUUUCUCAUCUCCUCCCAUUUGAGAGAACAAAUGUUAAAUUAAUAAACCUGGUUUUUAAUAUCAUUUGUUUGAGAGUUCUCUCUCCUAAAUUUACUCUUGUCAGUUAAACAUUGUUUUGUUUUAGUAGCAAUUGUCCUAAUUACUUUUAAUGACAUUUUAUGUUAUUUGUAAUUGCUCUUAUUGAUUUUAAUGACAUCUGUGAAUAUGAAUUUUUGAUUGGGAAUCUUAGUUCGAUUUCAAUUUUAAUUGUAAAUCAAUUUCAUAUGGUAAGGAUAUUUGUGGAUUAAUUUAAUGGUAGUGCCUUACAAACAUCUGGCAAUUUUAAUCAUUAACUGAUAAUUAUGGCUUUGAAAUUUUAAUUUCAUUAGUCAUUAAUUAGGAUUUGGGCUUCCCUAAUUCAGAUGAUACUUGAUUGAUUAAUUUGAUUAUAAUUGCUCUCAAUGUUUAAGGCUGAACCCAUUACAAUUUUAAUUCACAACUAUAAUUUCCAAAUUUGAAUUCAAAAUUUCACUUAAAAUAAAGUGUAUUCUCAGACUUUCACUCCCUUAGUCUUUGACUUAAUUCAUUUAUUCAAAGGAACAUUUUGGGGUCUCCCUCAAUACUUGGGUCAGUUGACUUCUGCUAGCGCAGUAAGCCAACCCCCUAGGUGUAGCGACUCCCUAGCGCCACCACUCUGUCAACCCUGUAAUUUUUCCAAAUUUUGGGAGCAAAACUUCACUCUCUUCUUCUCUCUCUCUCUCUCUCUCUAUCUCUCUCUCUCUCUCUCUCUCUCUCUCUCUCUCUCCCUCUCUCUCAGUUGUCCUCUUCUGGUUUGACUACUGCUGCUGGUUUUGGAUUUGUACCUGUGAAAGUCAUAAAAGCAGAGUGUUUGAGAAAUAUUUAACAAAUAUUUGGGAAACGGAACACUUCUUUUAAAAUAGUAUGACACUCACUUUACCUUCCCUCCUCAUCCUGUUAUCCUACCCAGCCUAGGCUCGAGCAGGUCAACAAGGAGACUGGUAGGCGUCCAUAAACCCUGAGCAUGCGUCUAGAAGCACUUUAAGUGGUGCAUGGUUGUCAAUCCUACUAAGCUGAGAAACCAAUACUGUCAUUGUUAUUGUUUUUCUUUCGCCCCGAAGGGAAUUUUAAUAACAAUCACAGUCCUGGUACUUUGAAAUCCUUUUCAAAACCCCUGUCUAGAACCAUCCUUCUAAAAUUAAAUUCUUCUUCAUAAAUCUAAAAUUUACUAAACUCAUUCUGCAAACAGUGUUAAAGACAAAACUUCAUUUUAUAGGGAAACUGGAAGCACCCCAUUAUUAUUCUGCUCUUUGCUAAAUGCUAUUCUGUUUGUUUCGUGCUCUUCUUUUCUUCUGCUGUUCUCUAGCUGUGCUAUCCGUGUGUGCUUACUGAUUCUUUUCGCAGAGACUCCGAGUUAGAAGCACAUCCAUGAGAGGACCACAGUCGAGAACCAGUCUUACCUGCACAUUUACACACUCAUUACUCAUUCCCAUUAGCCCACACUUGACAUUGCACCCUUACACCUUUGAUUUGCCCUGCUUGUUUGUUUUGUUUUGUUGUGUUUUGUUUUGUUCUUUUCUUCAAGGUCUGUGUCAGUUUCGGGUUUAGAUCUCCCUCGCUGUGCCAAACAUGUCUCGCACAACAGACCCUGCUGGACACUGGGAGGACCUGGAGACCUGGCUAAGUGUUGUAACAGACAGCAUCCUACCUAAAGCCGCUGAAACACUAAAGCAUCAGACACAGGACCAGCUGGAUGACAACAUAACAAGCCUCAUGAAACAAGACCCAAGCCAGAGCUACAGUCACAAAGAACUAGCCAAGAUCACCGGCUCCUUAAGCCACACACUCAUCGCCACCCUCAAACUGAGCGACAGGCAAGCCGCCCAUCGCCAGCAGGAGCUGACACAUGCACAACGGCGCAUUGAACAGCUGGAGCUGGAGGCUCAGGAACGACGAGAAGGGCCUGAUGAAGUGGAACAAGGCGCCAAAGAGGAGAUCAACAGGCUAAAAGAGACCCUAGCAGCUACUACGCAAGAAAUGGAACGAGGCAGAGCAGACUACGCUGACCUCUCCGACAAGCUACAGUACGCAGAACAGCUACUGGAAAAAGCAAAGGCUGACUUCAGAGACAAGAACAGCCGAAUUAAAGCUCUCGAAACUCACCUGAACGAGUCAAGAAAUGAGGUCAGCCGCCUAAAACAACAGCUUGACUACAUCAAAGAAGAGUCUGACAGUAUUAAAGAGGAACUCAAGCAUGCAUAUGAAUUGCGCUGUGAGCCGUCAAGAACACGUCGGACACCGACUUCACCUUUGCCAAGCAGGACCGGCUCCCCUGUUCCUGGACUGGCACAUGAUCAGAAGGGGGCAGUGCCAAAACAGUCACCUGCUCCCUCCGAAGAAUCCUACCUCCCCACUAAGCUAAAAGAACGUGCUCCAGCCAGCCACAGAUCAUCUCAUGGCUUGGACCUCAGAGACCUUGACAAGCUUGCUAGAAACAUUGGCAAAUUCACUCCAAAUGUGCCAGGUAGUCCAAAUGUUCAGAGUUAUCUGCAAGAUAUUGACUUCCAUCUGGAAAUGAGACCCAAUGUCACUGACAAAGAUAGACUUUAUUUGCUCAGAGCCACAUCCAGCUCUGAAGUGCGCAGCUUCCUGGACCGGCAGCCUGCCCACACAAAGACUGAUUACCACCUGCUCCGAGAAGCUCUCAUCAGAGAGUUUGCCGACCCUGAGUCAGAACGAGGACUAGUGGCUGCCCUGGAAACAAAACAAGGUCGUCACGAAACUCCUCAAGUCUUCUAUAGCCAACUAAGGCUAGCAUACUUUGGGUGUCGCCUACCAAACAGAGCAUGGAGGAGGAAUUGAACUUCAAAACUCUCUUCCUGAGAAACCUCCAUCCUGGGGUGAGCCACCAUCUUGGCGUCCUUGCCUGUCCACGCACAAUGAGUGCUCAACAGUUAAGAGACUUGGCGCACAAAGCCUACUGUAAACAGAAGAUGGCCUUAGAAAAGGGCACCAAAACCACCACAGUUCUUGACUUCAACACACAGAGUCAAGGGCUGGCCCUAGAGGGCACCCAGCCUCAAGACCUUGCCAAGCCGACACCCAAAGUGGAAUGCAUCCUCGUCCAACAGAGAGUGGGACUCCCACACUGGUACUCGACCUAAACAGAGAGACAACCGCUGGGAUGGACCACGUGGACGACAACGCUCACCUGGACGUCACUGGGAAAAUUCAUGGAACCAAUCAAGACCUCAUGAGAGUCAUUGGGAGAAAACCUGGAAUCAGCCAAGCUCAUUUGGAAGCCCCAGAGGAAAAGGCUCAUGGAAAUCCAAGGGAAAACGACAAACACACCCUAUUUUCGGUCGUGCAAAGCGAUUUAGCCCAAAUACAACUCCUAACUACACUCAUGACCGAUAUGCUAAGGGAAAUAAGUUCUUCAAUCGAUAACUUAGCCAUGGGGAGGAUCCCCUACUAUUUGAUACCCCUUAGCUUGGUCCAAAACAUUCUAGCCUCGGCCACUCCGGGCCCUGUUAACCCUGUGCAAACCCAUCUCGCUUUUUCCCUGGGUAGCGCUAUUCCCCUAUAUGUAAGCCCAGAAACCGGCGACUUGGCCUUCCUCCUCAGUUUGCCCAUUAUCGACUCAAACAAUAUUUACCGGCUCAAAGACGUUGUUAACGUCGGAUUUUGGCAAGGGAACACCUAUGUCAAAAUACACACCCCUGAGGUCGUGGCGUACCAUGAUAACAACGAACAGUUGUAUCUAGCCCCAAACCUAAAAAUGUGUACGCUCACUAAAGACAUUCAUUACCUUUGCCCAAGUAAACCAUUCGUCCGCGACAAUACCGAGGGCAUCUGCGGCCUAGAAUCAAUUAGACCCGACACUAGCUGCCCCGCUGAAGCUACACCAUGGUCUCAAGUCGAGGCAACACAAGCCGAAAUCAUAGGAAACCGAUGGUUAGUCAACACCCCUGCACGUACCGCUACCCUUACCUAUGAUCAACACGAUACUGCCACGCGCAUCAUUCUGCCUAACCAAACCCUCUGGAUCAGUGUCCCUAAGGGCUCGAUCCUCCACAUAGACGAUCUUGCAUUGUAUCACCUUGGCGACGAUGAGUACCAGGCGGAACUUGAAAUCUCACCGUUCUUCAAACAGCAUUCCUUCGUCCUCGAUCCGGAAUUGGAAGAAAGGAUCAGGGAGGAAGGAACACAACUUAUUGAUCUGACUCCUGUUGAUACAGCCUUAGAAGCUAUAGCUCACCUUCCGCCCGCUGGCGUGUCAUUCAUUCGGUCUUGGUCUGCUGCUGACACAGCACUUUGCAUCUCUACUGUUGUAGGAUAUAUUGUCACCUUGACACUGGCCUUCAUCCUGCACAAGCGAAUGAACGCCGUGCAAGAAUCUUUCGAUAGAUGCACGUCAGGCGUCCCGCGCAUUUUCCGACGUGAUAGAACUGACCAAGAACCUGAACGCGAGAACUCAACCAACCUGAUUGAAAUUACGCCUCUACCUCCUCGUCGAACCACUGACAAUUAGAUUAGUCGAAACCACCAAUUACAACUGAUCUUAAACAGUACGACCCUACGUUAGCUGAAGUGUUCCGAACCCGUUUAUUCCAAGAUACCCAAGUCCUUCACCAGAAUUCAGUCAGUGAUGGAGAUGUUGUUUGUGUCUUGUGUGUGUCUGUUCUCUCUCUACCUCUUGUUCCAGUGCCUGCCGACGUUCGCACCGGGAACCUCGCCAAGCAAAAGGGGGACUCUGUAGGGACUCGUUCGACAGACGUCACCAAAUGGCUUUAUCAGCCAGAGGCAUGAUUGAACAAAGCUUCAUUUGGUCCAAAAGAUCCAUUUCCUGACAGGAAAAACCUAGCCUUAACAGAAGUGAUGACACGACUUCUUUUAACAAAGGACUCUGUCUAAAGGACUUCUUAGCUCAUCAGCAAUAAACUAAUCAGAACCUAUCACAGGGUCUGAUCACAUUAA